AUGGCUGUGACUUGUGAACUGAUACAACUCAAAGACGGUCAGAAUGUCGGUGAUUGGACGAUCACGAAGAAGCUUGGCGAAGGUGGAUUUGGAGCUGUAUACCUAUGCAAAAAUAAGGAAGGGGAACUGAACGCACUUAAAGUAGAAGCUGAGAAUGAUCCCUUGGGGUUGCUUAAAAUGGAAGUCUAUGUGCUAAUGGAGCUUAAAAAGACUAAAUUCCAAGCUCGUCAUUUCCUGGGUCUUAAGGAUAGAGGGCACGUUCCAGGGAAGUUCAAUUAUGUGGUGAUGACACUUGUUGGGAAAAGUUUGCAGGAAUUACGAAAUGAGGCACCAAUGAAGAAAUUCUCUAUGGGCACAGCGAUUUCCGUUGGUAGACAGUGUUUGGAAGCACUUGAAGAUCUGCAUAACGUCGGAAUCCUACAUAGGGAUAUCAAACCAGGGAACUAUACCAUUGGUAGAAAGGAAAUGAAUGAACUUAGGAAGGUCUACAUGCUCGACUUUGGGAUGGCUCGCAAGUUUAUCAAAGAGGACGGGACGCUACGCAAUCCACGAGCUCGUGCAGGUUUUCGUGGUACUGUGAAAUAUGCGCCUUUGGCGUGUCAUGUGCAUCGAGAACAGUGUCGUAAGGAUGACAUUGAAAGUUGGAUGUAUAUGCUUGUGGAGAUCACGUGCGGUAGACUCCCAUGGAGAAAUUUAACGGAAUCAAACGACGUCGGUAUGUUCAAGAAGGAUUGCAAAGGAGAGCGAUACCGAUGUUUAUUCGGCGGCUGCCCACGAGAAUACACAGAGAUUUUUCCCAUUUUGGAUAAGGGGAAAUUCUUUGACGCGCCGGACUAUCCAGCAAUCUAUAAGUUACUGGAAUCAGCUCUUCACAGUACUCGAGCACAAGAAUUCCCCUAUGACUGGGAAAUGUAA